UUCAAAAUGGCGGGAGAAACGAAUUUACGUGCUCAACAUUUUCCUUAAGAAAACAAAGACGUCAUGCAAACUUUGGACGUUUACAAGAAAGAGGAAGGAAAGAUAUGGCAGCGAAAACCAUCUCCUUCUCCAGAAGAGGGUUUGGUAGUCUGCAUCAGUCAUUCCACAUCAAGUGCUUUCUCGUUACAAGGAAGAAAUAUCAGAUUCCUUCGAACGGCGUUCAGUUCAACAGGUGAAGCCUUUGCAGCCGGCGACCACCAAGGAAAUAUUUUUGUCUUCGAUUUAAUCAAAAAUAGGUUUUCCUUAAUCCACAAAACAGGAACUCCUUGUACAGCCCUUUCCUUCUGUUUGAGGAGAAAAAAUGAAGUGUUGGUGGCUCUUGCAGACAAUUCGCUGAGAUGUUAUGAUACAGAAACCCAUGAGUUAGUUAGCUGGAUGAAAGGCCAGGACUCGGCAAUCCAAAAUAUAUCAGUUCAUGCAUCAGGCCGCUAUGCAGUCACUUCAUCCAACUCUGUUGCUCAGUUGUGGGACUUGGAUACAUUUUCCCGUAAGAGGACUUUAAAUGGAGCUCAAACUGUUGGAAUUCAGCAGGUUUUGUUCCUGCCUCUGAGCAAUACCAUGAUAACUUGUUUCAAAGAUGACAGUUUAUUUGUAUGGGAUUCAGAAACACUCAAGUGUAAAUUCCAGCUUCCUGUUCCUCCUGAAGACACUAAACAGCCCCAUUACAAAGCAUUAGCCACACCCAGGGAUGGCAGGUUACUUGUUGCAGGGGGAAGGUCUCGAUUCCUUCACGUGUGGAGUCUGGAGAACAAACGUCUGCUCCAUGUCAUUCAGCUUCCAGCAAAAGUACGUCUUGUCAGACAACUGGAAUUCAUUAGUAACAGCUUUGAUGGAGGUAGCAGUCAGACACUUGGUGUGCUUUCCCAAGAUGGUGUUCUUCGCUUCAUUGAUAUUCAUGCCUGUAAACAGCUUUUUGAGAUUGGAGGUGCAGAUGAGAUUAUUAACAACUUUAGUAUCAGUUCAAAUGGCCGAUACAUUGCAGCUGUAAUGGACAAUGGUAACAUCAAUGUUUAUAGUGUUCCAGCACUGUCACAGCAGUUUUCCAAGCCACCCCCACCAUUGGUUAAAACUGUGUGGGAAGAGAGAUCACAUUCACGUCAAAGUGGCAAAUCCAAUCAGUCACUAGGCAGUGCCAUGACUAAAGUUGGUGGAACACCAAAAAGGAGUAAGACUAGAUCACCAGUAAAAUCACAGCGUCAAAAAACCGAGGUGUCUGCAACUUGGACCAGUAUAGACACGGAACUUGAGACGGAACUUCCAGAAGGUCUCAAUCAAGCAAGGCUCAAGUCGAUUCUUCGAGGCUAUGGCGAAUAUCCUGCUAAAUACAGAAUGUUCAUUUGGCGGUCACUUCUCAACCUCCCUGAGAACCAUGCGGCUUACAGCAGCUUGGUAGACAAAGGAACUCAUAAUGCUUUCGUGAGAAUCCAUGAAGAGUAUCCCAUCAAGAGUAGAAAGCUAUUGAGAGUCCUUCAGAGGACGCUGUCGGCCCUAGCUCAUUGGUCAGCCAUAUUUGGAGAAGUAGACUACCUGUCUCUGCUUUCCUUUCCUUUCGUUAAACUCUUUCAAAACAACCAGCUGAUCUGUUUUGAGAUGAUAGCAACCAUCCUGACAAACUGGUGCCAACAUUGGUUCGAAUUUUUUCCAAACCCUCCUGUGAAUAUUCUUGGGAUGGUGGAAAAUAUACUGGUUCAUCACGAUAAAAGAUUGAUGCAACAUUUUGUCAGCUGUAAUGUCACAUCACAGAUGUAUGCCUGGCCAUUGUUACAGACGCUCUUAUCUGAAGUUCUAACCAAGGACGAGUGGUUGAGAGCUUGGGAUAACAUUUUUUCCAAUCAUCCGUCAUUCCUUCUCUUUGUUGUGGUAGCUUAUGUCAUCGUGUCACGCAAAGCUCUUUUGCAAUGCACGAGGAAAGAGGAUUUUGAGUACUUCUUUCAUAACCGGAAUGCAGUCGACAUUAGUGCAGUUGUACGUGAAGCUUACCGACUGCAGGACGGCACUCCAGCAGAAGCAAACCCCCAGAGGAUGCUGGAGCCAUUCAUGCCACUGACCAAAGGACAAUAUCCGAUCUUCAACAAAUAUCCAAAGUUUAUUGUGGAUUAUCAGGUAAAUACUGGUAUCAACCAACCCUACCAGUGGCAGAGGCAACUGGCCCAGGAGAUGAAAGAGGUAGCAGAUCAGCGCAAACAAGAAGAGGAGGCGUUUUAUCGACAACAAGAGCUCAUGAUUGACGCCGAGAAUCAACGAAGAAGAGUGAUCGGUCAGGAAGAACAGAAACUGAGCGAUCAGAGAAGCAGAUUGCAGGCAAUGAAACGAGAGAUUCACCUACGAGAGCUGCAACUGUUGGACGCUGUUCGCAGACGUUUUAUGCAUCAUCAGCAAACACUUAAAGAAGCGGAGUUGCAAAGACUUGAUGACGAGAUAGAACGCAAGGCAUUACUCAGAGAACAAGAAACCAGGCACGCUGUAGAAGAUGCUGAGAUAAAGGGACUGGAGCUUCAAGCGCAAAAAGAAAUGCUUCAACAGGAUUUGAUCCGAGAUGAGCUGCAGCAUUCCUUUAAGCAGCGAUCGGAGCAAGCAAUCCAAAGAAAACAGCAGGAAUUGGAAGAGCAACUGUUUAGGAGGACAAUGGAUGCCGUUCAGGAUGUCGACAUUGAUUCACAAAGGAUUACCCAAGAAGAAUUGGCUAAUGCCCAACAGAAACACACAUCCGUCAAUAUGGAAGAAGAAGUAGAUAUGAGAACUAGAAUGGACGAUCUUCACCGCGAGCUGAGUGAAGUCAAGGUUGCCCAGCAUAUUUUGGAGAAUAAGGAAAGGGAGACUGAAGUUCAGUCGCUUGUGCAUGAGUUGAGGAAUAAAGAGAAUGACGCAGUGGCUAUGAAGCAGUCGGAAGUGAGACAACGAAAGGCUCUGGCAGCCGAGGAGGACAGAAGACGUUUGAAUCUUCUGAGUGCUCUGUCACGAGAUCAAACCACGACUACCGACGACUCGGAGUCAUUUUCUCGGCUUAGGGAGAUUCGUCAAAUCCCGGAUCACCUUAGAAAACCGUUAAGCACCAUGCUUCCCAAUAACACAGAGAGCAGCACCACGACGGAGUCCGAAUCCAGCGGGACACCUAUCACUUCUCGAGAACCUUCCCUCGAGCGCCAGCGAGCAACGUUUGAGAAACGUGAACUGGUACUCAUGGCUGAGGUGAGAGAUUUGAGAAAAAGACUUGCUGCCCGACGGCAACAGCGCCCACCUCCUUUUCAUGGAAAUACCCAGCAAUAACUAUAAGAUAGAAGCACAACUUAUUUUAUUCACAAUUAUCUGGCAUUUUUCGGAAAGCUAUUUUGUAAAUACUUUUCAAGGACCCGAGUUUUGUACAUUCCCUUUAUAAUGUUACUUCCAGAACAGCAUCGCGUUCUCUUACUACUCCAAAUGAGCGAUGAAUGUCUUAUUUCGAAGUAGAAGGCGUGAGGAAACAACAAGAGCCCGCGUUUGUUUUUGAAAAUCUCUGGCAUCCCGGAGACCAACAGCCUUCCUGUAUAAUUACAUCAGAAAAGCCAAUUCACCUCCAAGCCUCGUUUUCAAAGUAGGGAGUAAUGAAUUUGAAUAAGUUGGACUCGUUUUCGUCUGGAAAUUGAAACGAGAGUACUCCGAAAACCCUUAUGUUAACAGGAUUCCAUCGUAAAAAAUAAAGAAAACAAAGAAGUUUCAAAUGCUCAAAUAUGUUUUGUAAACGAAACUUGGGGAAGAAAUUUCAGUUGAUAAUGUCAUCAUGCGCAAGGGCUUUUGACUGUUACACAAGCAAUGAGGUAGAUACGUUCACGUUAAGUUGCCUGGCAAUACGGCUCCUAUUAUUCGCAGGCGCAUGGCGAACUGGCUAUUCUGAAUCUCUAGUGACUGGUUAGAAGGUGCUGUACAACAGUAAGGGAUCAACGUUACAAUCCAAGAAGUUAACUAAAUAAACUUUAAUAAAAUAUGGACUUUGCUGAAUGACCUUUUGCAAUUUUCUACAGAGUUGAGAUUGUCUUUUUGCGGGCUCGUUUUGAGUUUUUUACAUGCACGAAGAGCGGUUUUCAAAAUGUUUCGCUCAAAUUCGACGUCGAUCUUGUUGUUAAACAAUGAUUGGGUUUCUCUGGUAUCUAUAGAUCGUAUUAGGGAAUCUAUACACUGAAAAGUUAGAGGAACUUUAGGAGCUUUAGCAAUGUUUUUACGCUCAACUAAACACAGGUUGUUUAUAUACAGUAUUGAUGAAAUAA